GACCAGUCCCAUUUUACUCCGCUUGCGCCAAACCAUUUGUCCGUUCGUUCACUUAUUCGGCACAGGCAACCGGAGGACUGGCACCUGCAAUCAACCACCAAUUGGGUGUUUGGGAGUAAUCCAGGUGUCAAAUCCACGCACACCACGGACCGGUUCGCUGGAUCGGUGACUUUGGAGCAUUAACGGCGCGAGUUCUCGCUACACGACUUCCGAUUUCUUUGGUGUGAAGUAUCCCAGGAUCGCACCUUUUCUUUCUGCGUAUCAGCGAGGAGGAAACCAAACGUCACUGAAUCUCAUUCUGUGUAAGAUCCUAUUCGUCAACCGUGGAGUGCCUAACGGAUACCCGCGUUCUUUUGGAACCCGCCAGAUUUAACGGUUUUGCUUGCAACGUGGAGGAGCCAAAAGAUAACCCGCCAUUGGUUGUUCCAGAGGGAGCUUCGUCCUCCCUGGACAGUCCGGAUAAUUCAGAACAUGCUUCCGAGGCUGAAGUUGGUGGUACACGAACAAAUGAGCUGCAUGAUGAAAGUAUGACUGAUCCACAAUUCCCGGAACCACCAGAGGAAGGCAUCUACUUGGAUAGAGAUGAAAAUCAGGAACCAGCUCUUGGCUACGCCACUCAGUCGAUGAUAGACAGAAACGUACAACAGAAAAGUGGUGAGGACAAUAUACAUUCUUCAGCUCAGUUCUUUGAGCAAUCUGCAUCGUAUCCAACAAGCUCUGACGAACAAAUGAGGGACUACUGCUUCGUGGAGCACUCGGGGUUACAGAAGAAUGCUGUUGUUGAAACAGGCGAUGAAGGUCCAAUUGAAGAAGAAAACUCACCGGGAUUCGAACCGCCUCAUCCAGAAAAUGGUCACAAUAGUGAAGAAAGUUGUGGCUCCUUUCUGCUAAUAAAGUCCGGAGCGGCUGUUGACCAGGAAGUAGUACAAAAUCUUCAGACAAGAAAUAAUGGAGCGACGGGCUCUACAGAACUUGUUUCAGAACCGCCAGCCUAUAGCGAAUUGCAAUGUGGACUCGUCGUGGAAUCAACUGAAACGAACUCAAAUAGCCAUCUCACCCAACCUGUUGAAUCGCACUCUCCAAGCGAAUUCAGCUACCACUCCGAAACACGGUUUGAACAAGGCUUACAACAACCGUUUAUAAGUGUGAAAUCAGCUGAUCUAGAGUUUGAUUCACCAUUACAAGCAGACGAAACUGCUCUCCAAGACACAUCGAUGGACACCACAGUUGGAGUUUCUGAGCUGUUAUCGGAUCAAACCUGUCCGGAACCGCAAACACAGACACUGACAUGCUACGAAGAUCUUACCGGCUCAGUUGGCAUAGAACAAGGCUAUCAGACAAGCUUCGAUGGUGGCAGUAGCUAUCACGAUGAUGUGCCGCUCGAGGAGGUAGAUGACUUCCAGUGUAGAGAAGCUCUAAACAACGAUGCUGGGCAAGAGGAAAUCCAAGUUCCACAUGUCCAAGAACAACCAGUCUGUAUCACAGAAAACUUGACACACCCACCUAAAGGUGUUCCGGAUACAGAACUUUAUGGAGUGGUUGAGGAAACACCUAGGCCAUCUUUUCAAGAGAUAUGUGCAGAUUUAGAUAGGAAAAAUGUGGUAAGCCACCUGCAUCAGUGCACUUCAGGGCAGUUUGUGAUGCAUCACCAUCAGCAACCCGGUAGUUUACGCCAACAAGAUAUCGUGGUCCUCAAUUCACAAACCGGUGAAGUGCUGGGUUCGCGUACGCAGCCGGUUCAGAAAAUUUCCCUCAUGUCUGGUGGUCAGUCACCGAAGGUUGACAUUAUGCAUACAAGCUCGGGUGAUGGGGUGAAUGGAACGACCACACAGCAACCAACCAAUGCCCCAGACACGCCAGCUGCACAGGGAACACAGCCCUACAAUUAUCGGAUGCAACAGGACGGGGGCGGUGGUGGAGCCAGCCCACGUGGUGGAGGCGCUGGGGGAAGUGGUGGCUCAAACGGUCACAUGAUGCCUUACGGUUCAAUGGAGCGGGGGAGACAAGUUUACAGCAUGGCUGAAUGUCAGAUGGCCCAACUGAUUGUGUUUAUGGACCGCGCACAAGUGUGUCGUCGGAUUCGACCUCGUUUUAAUGCGUCUGAAAUCACGGAAGUACUAUUCGAACACCUUUCUCCGGCGAUCGAUAAGGAUUCUAUUCGAUGACCAGGUUACAACGUCGGCUGUGGUUCCAA